AUGACAUAUUCUCGGAAUGUGGCCAUAGACCUCACUACAGAGGAAUUGGGUUGCCUGGACUCUUCUGAGAAGCCUGCCAUUGAGAAGUUGAAGAACUACACCAACCUGGUCUGUACAGGCCAUUCUGAAUUCCUUCAGUGGUCUGCCUCUGCUGGGUUUGACCCAGAACUGGCCAGUGGUUUGAAGUCUCUGCUCGAGUCCAACCCAGUUUCUGCUUAUUUCCAUGCCUGUCUGGCUGUAACUAUAGGUAAACCACCAUCGUCUACCGUGGCUGGCAACCAGUCUCCCCCAGAGACGCCGGUGCUCACCCGCUCAGCCACCCAAGCACCCGCGGCCGGGGUCACCGUGGUCGCCACCAGCAGCAUGGUGUCUGCCGUCACAGUCACAGCACGGGUGAAGAAGCAGAGGCUGCUCUUACCGAAGGAGACUGCCCCAGCUGUGCAGCGGGUCAUGUGGAACUCAUCAAGUAAGUUUCAAACGUCCUCCCAAAAGUGGCACAUGCAGAAGAUACAGCGUCAGCAGCAGCAGCAGCCUUACUCUUCCCAGGGAACAAGAUAUCAGACCAGACAGGCUGUGAAAACUGUGCAGCAGAAGGAGGUCACGCAGAGCCCAUCCACUUCCACCAUCACGCUGGUGACCAGCACACAGCUGGCAGCUCUGGUCAACAGUUCUGGCUCUGCAAGCACCCUGGCAUCCGCUAUCAAUGCUGACCUGCCCAUCGCCACCGCCUCAGCCGACGUGCCUGCGGACAUUGCCAAGUACACCAGCAAAAUGAUGGAUGCCAUAAGAGGGACGAUGACAGAGAUCUACAAUGACCUCUCCAAAAACACCACGGGAAGCACGAUAGCUGAGAUUCGAAGGCUGAGGAUCGAGAUUGAGAAGCUGCAGUGGCUGCACCAGCAGGAGCUUGCUGAGAUGAAGCACAACCUGGAGCUGACCAUGGCGGAGAUGCGGCAGAGCUUGGAGCAAGAGCAUGAUCGGCUCAUCGCCAAGGUGAAGAAGCAGCUGGAGCUGGAGAAGCAGCAGGCGGUCGAUGAGACCAAGAAGAAGCAGUGGUGUGCAAACUGCAAGAAGGAGGCCAUCUUCUACUGCUGCUGGAACACCAGCUACUGUGACAACCACUGUCAGCAGGCCCACUGGCCUGAGCACAUGAAGUCCUGUACCCAGUCAGCUACUGCUCCUCAGCAGGAAGCAGAUGCUGAGGCAGGCACGGACACAGGAAAUAAGUCAUCCCAGGGCAGCUCCUCCACCGCACCUUCGGCACCUUCAGAAACAGCCAGUGCCUCCAAAGAGAAAGAGACACCAGCAGAGAAGAGCAAGGACAGGUCGACCCUGGACCUUUCUGGCUCCAGAGAGACGCCCUCCUCCAUUCUCUUAGGUUCCAACCAAGGCUCUGUUAGCAAGAGGUGUGACAAGCAACCUGCCUAUACCCCAGCCACUACAGACCACCAGCCGCACCCCAACUACCCAGCCCAGAAGUACCAUUCCCAGAGCAGCAAGACAGGUUUGUGGAGCAGCAGUGAGGAGAAGCGAGGGUCAGCCCGCUCCCAGCACAGUGCAGGGACCAGCGUGAAGAACCUCAUGCCCAAAGAGUUGCGGGAGUCUCGCCUUGACGCCUUCUGGGACUAG